GUAUAUAGAAAAAGAGAGAAUGGAGAAUUCCCAUGUAUGUCCUAAGAAAGUUAAGGAUGUUUCCUUGCAAGAACUGAGAGAUAGCCUGCAAGAAUUUGCAAGAGCUAGGGGUUGGGAACAAUAUCACAGUCCUAGAAAUCUCCUUCUGGCUCUGGUUGGAGAAGUGGGAGAGCUAUCUGAAAUAUUCCAAUGGAAAGGAGAAGUAGCAAAAGGACUCCCCGAUUGGACUUCUGAUGAGAAACAACAUGUUGAAGAGGAACUCUCUGAUGUUUUCCUUUACUUAUUGCAAUUGGCUGAUGUUUGUGGAGUUGAUCUUGGCCAGGCUGCUCUCACAAAAAUCAUCAAAAAUGCCCAGAAAUACCCUGUUAAUCCAACUACUUUUAAUUAACAUGUCGUUAAAGUUAACUAAUUGCUGUUAAAUCAGCAUUUUAAAUAGCUCAUAAUGCUACCUUUUGGUAUUAAUGCAUGUUAUUUACAUAA